CUCCAGUUCUCGAACCAAUCGGAGCUUCCAGAUGCUAAUCAGCAGCUGCAACUGGUUCUUGAAGAAAAAGCUCAUUUAAUGGCACAGAUGAAUGAACUUUCAAAAUCACAGCAGCUGCUACUUGUUGAGCGAGAUCAAUAUGCCCACAAGCUGGUGGAGGAGGGCAGUGUUUGGCAGCAGAAAGUUCAGCAGCUGGCACAACAAAUAAAUGCACUUUCAGAGGAGAGGGAGAAGAAUCUCAGCCAUGUGCAGGAGCUAGAGGCCUCGUUGACUGAUCUCCAAAAGAGAUCAGCACAACAGAGUGAGGUCGGUGAAAUCCACACCACUCCAGAGCCCAAAGGUCCCACAGAGCAAGAGCAACUACUAGAGGAGAGCAUUCAAUCCCUGCAACAGGAGAAGGAGGAAUUGUAUUCUCAGUACCAGGCACAGGUUUGUGACAAUGAGCAGCUGAGUCAUUUGAACCUGGAGCUGGAAGAGAGACUACAGGAACUGGAGAGGACAGUGGAACGUUACAAUGACAAUUCUGUAGACCGAAAGCAACUGUUGGAAAACAUGCAGAGUGACAAGGCUACAAUAAGCAGGGCACUGACACAGAACCGUGAGCUCAAGGAACAGCUAGCAGAGCUUCAAAAUGCAUUUGUCAAACUUACUAAUGAGAACAUGGAACUCACCAAUGCAUUGCAGUCAGAACAGUAUGUAAAGAAGGAGCUGGCUAAGAAAGUUGGACGUAUGCAUGAGGACGUGGCAGAUUUGGAAGAAAAGCUUGAGAUAAAGUCGCAGGAAGCUCAGGCCAUGCAGGGAGAGAGGAAUGAGAUCUGUACUCACCUACAACAGUACAUUGCGGGUUACCAGCAGCUGGUGGCUGAGCGAGAACAGUUUCAGAAACAGAUCCAGCAGGCACAAUUCAUGAACAGUUUGCAGCACGAGGAGGCACAAGAGGGACUGCAAAAUGAGUUGCAACCGAAGAAUCACCAGGUGACAAAGGAGCAACUGGAGCUGUUGAAUGAUGAAAACAAAGGUCUGAAGUCAAUGAUCAGCAGACUAUCAGCAGAUCUGAGCAAGAUCAGUUCACAGCUUGGUGAAGAUGAUGGGUUGGAAGGUCAGCUCGUUCCCAUACAUGGAAAUCAGAAGACCCAUGUUACAAUGCCAGCAGAACUGGAAGGUCAAGAGGAGCUGAAUUUAACACUAAACCAAGAUCAGCUAACUCUGCAAAGCUUGGAAGCAUACCAGCAGCAUGAGAUGCUACUACCAGAAAUGUCAGCUCUGCUGGACAGACAAGAAGAACUGGGAGGAGAUGCAGACACAGUACCAACAAAUCUGUAUGAAGCCUUAAAAACUACGAUGGAUAAGCUGCAGGUUCAAUUAGCAAACCUGUUAGAGGAGAAGGUUGAUCUUAAGAAGAAAUUGGAGCAACUGGAGCAUUACUGUACCCAGCUGUCUGGGGAGACAGAUACAAUAGGUGAAUACAUUGCACUUUACCAAAAACAGAGAGCUAUACUCAAACACAGGCACAUGGUGAAAGAGGAGUACAUCUGCAAGCUGGCACAGGAUAAGGAGAAGUUGAGGAAAAAGUUAGGAGAAUUGCAGGAGCUUUCGUUGGAAUUGGCGGCUGAGAGAAAGAAAUGGUAUGAUAGAUAUGUUCGUUUCAUCAAACAGUCUAAGAUCCCAUUAACAUCUGAAAUGCGACAGGAUGUGCUGGAAGAAGAUCUGGUAUCAAGCAUUGAAGAUCUAGAAGAGAUACCCUUAGCAGAUGAUACUGAGUCCUCCAGCUCUUCACCUGAUUCCCGCUCUUCUAGCAGAGGCUUUGUUACAAAAUCAGGCUUACCCUCUGAAGACUACACUACAAAAAAGAUCAUAGAACUUACCGAAGAAAUCCAAAACCCACAGGCCCUACCAAGCUCAACCCUGACCUUUAUCAACUGCGUUCCCCUCUUCUACAGACUUGCUGAAAAUGGGUUAAUGAAGAUUGAGGUCGUCUAGAGAUCUGAUCCAGUCAAGCACAGGAAAUGCGAUAUUUCUUUGGGGGGUGGGAGAACGUUGUAAAAAGUUGUUUAGUUAAGGCUUUGAAAGGCUAAUUGAGUCAAUGUGCAACAUUGGUACACCACAAGGGACUUUUGAGAUUAGAGAAGCCAUGGUUGUACCAAGUACCAGUGUUAAUCUAGCAUGACCUCUAAUGACGCCUCAUCAAAACGGUUACCAUAAUUCUAAGUAGUUCCUUUAACAGCUGCUUUGAAACAGUUUACAAACAUAAUCAUUUAUCUUAUGGAUUUUUAAAAUCCUACUCUGGUAAAUUCAUCUCCUCCUUCCCAAAGAUAUGGGUUAUAAUGAUUUUCAAAUGAUAAUAAUAGGAUUGUCCUGAUUAGUAAGCAUUUGACUUGACUGCUUUUGUAGAUUACUCAAAGCUGUAUGGCAACUUAGUACAUUUCUGCUCCAAUCAGAAUUGUGAAAAUAAAUUAUACUUGAAGUAACACUUCCCACCAUUUUAUAUAUCAUGUGUUAAAAACAAAACUGUUUAUUUAAGCUGUUUAAAAAAAACAAGUUUGAGUUUUGAAAUGCAUUUGUAGAACUCCCUGAAAAUGGCCUAGUUUUUAAAGGCAGAGCCACUACAACCAUGUAAACCAAAGGAACUGGCUUGACCCUGAGGCCCUGUUGACUUUUGAUGUUCUUCUCCUAGGCCUUUAUGUGAAGAAUAAGACAUUUGGGCAAGGUCCUGAGGACUGUCAGUACCUGUUGAAACAUCACCUCAGCAAGUGUUGGCGCCUUCAAGGAAGGUGUCCUGCAAUUUCCUCUUACUCUUGUUUUCAGGAGGUGCAGAAAGAGGGGGAAGCUGCAGCACAUUGCACGGGGAGUCUUAGACUGGGGGAUAGGUUUUGCAGUCCAAAACCUUAGUAUUACAGUGAUUUGAUAAUUACAGUACAAAGAGGCCAUUCAAUAGGAUCAGCUUUACUAGUCGCUCCCCUCAUUCUAUAGCCCUUUUAGGUUAUGGCACCUCAAGGCCAUACUCAAUAUUUCUUAAAAUGCAGUGAUGAUUUAUGCCUGUACCACUGUUUUUGAGCAGUGAUUUCUGGACUCCUGUAAUCUCCAGGUGAAAGAAUUUCUUUUGGCACCCCUUUGAUCCUCCCAUCCAUUAAUUUAAAAUCUUUAAUUCCAUGACACCUGCCUAUUGUUGUUCUUACAGUGACAGGUGAAAAACAAACCAUAUCUAUUUGGGGACCUCAAUUUUAUACACUUCAAUUAACUUUUCUUCCUCUGUUCAAAAGGAAGCAAACCCGAUCUAUCCAAUCUUUCCUCAAACUAAAAAUCUCCGUUUCUGUCAGCAUCUUUGUGCAUCUCUUCUGUAUCUUCGUAAUUUUGAACACUUUCAGUAACUUGCUCUUCUGUUGGUCCAAGGUGAAGUCCUUCAACCAUUGAUCCACGUAAUUAAAUCUAUUCCCUAAUCCUUUAUCUUCUUUCAUAUUCUUCCCAAAGCGUGCUGCCCAGAAUUGGAUACACUACUCGUGUCGAGGCUGUACCAGUCUAUUAGUUAAGAUACUUCUGCUGCUCUCCUUACUUAAUUUAAACUUCUCAAAGUGCCUAUUACAUUUUUCCCUGAUUAUUGUUUCAAAAACCUUACCCACCACUGAAACUUAUGACAGGUCAUUUCUAACAUGUCCUAGACCCUUUCUUGACCAAGAGUGUUAACAUUUUGCCACUUGCCAAUCUUCUGUCACUAUCUGUAGUGGAAAUCAGGCUAUGUGAUUAUCUCCAGCCCCUUGCAUAAAUAUGUCAGUUUCUCUCUAUAUGGGAAGAUUGUGAAGGUAUUUCUUUACCUAUAAAUGGGCAGAAUGUGAAGAUGGGUCAUGGUUACCUUUUGUGGUCAGGUUAAAGUGCGCUAUGGCUACCUGUGUAUGGGGCAAAGUAAUGUGAAGGUGUCAAAUUUACUUGUACCUGGACAGAUUGCAAAGGUGUUGAGUUUACCUUCAUAUGGUCAGAUUGUGAAGAUGUGCCAUGGUCACUUGGUGCAUUUAAGGUGUGAAGUUUGCUUGUACCUGGACAGAUUGUGAAGCUUUUGAGCUUACCUGUGUAUGGUCAAAAGUGAAAAUGUUGUGUUUACCUGUAUAUGGUCAGAAUGUGAAGUUAUGGUUAGAUGAAUGUAGAUAGAUUGAGAGGGUGUGAAGUUGACCUGUAGAUGGUCAGAAUAUAAAAGUGUGCCUGUACUCUUCUCUGCAUAGAGGUAAAUAUGUCACAUCCUCAUAAUCUUACCAUCUGUAAGAAAACAUGGCGCAUCUGUUAAUUGUACAUGAAUUGUGUAUCAUUGUAUAUAAGUGAUGCCACUAACUGGAUGUUCAUGUACUCCUGUGGAUGUGGACUGAAACUGGCUUGUGGAUUAGGUGGUGUAUGUGUAAAAUAUAUAACUUUGUAAAUAAAUUAUUUUAAAAGUAAAGAUCACAAAGAUUGACUCCAUCCUUCAGUUCUUCUGCCUUUCGAAUGAGAGUCUGCUCAUGAACAGAAAACCAAUGUACCAUGUUUUCCACACCUGUACCCAGUGUGGAUUGUCAGAGCCUUCACUAUUAUAUCUCUGUGAUCUUAGAUCUAUCUUGUAUCGGGCAGGUGACUUAGUCAUUUUCCAUCAUGCUAAAUAUCUUUAUUUCACCCCUCAAUGUUUAUCCCAUCAAAUACUUCAGCCUUCUCCUUUAUCUACAAGAUUAUGAAGUCUACUUUGAACCUUUUAUGAAAACAGAAGGAAAGCAUCCUUUAAAAACCAUGCUGAUAUCUCGCUCCUCAACAUACAAGUUACUUCCCUGUUAUUGAAUUAGUACACCUGUUUCCUUAGUUUCCGUCUUUCUCUUCAUGUAGUUAUAAAUGUUUUGGGGUUUUCCUUGCUUUUAUUUGCCAGUACGUUCUUAUUUCUCCCUCUUUGCUUUCCUAAUAUUCUUUUUACAGGUCAGAUUGUGAACAAGUUUCACGUUUCCUGUGUAUUGGUGGAUUGUGGAGAUAAUGACGAGCCCUUCCACUAUUUCCAUCUAUGCUUCCCUUUUGCAACCUGGGGUGCAAGCCAUCCGACAUAAAACAUAUCCAGCCUUGGCAAUAGCCACCCUUUGCAGUAAAUUACGCCUGUCAAUUUUCAUCCCAACAAUUACCCCUUUCAUCUACCGCUAUUGACAUUUUGUCAGUAUCCUCUUUGUAUCGGUGUUUAAGGGUAUUGUGCACGUAUCAGAUCCCCUCAAUUCUAUGUGUUGACUAAAACAUUAUUUCAGUCAAUAUUUCAGCAAUUUUAAAUACCCCAUUAUUGCCAUUUUAUAGUUCUCUCAUAUGUCUGUGAUUUCCCUGCAAUUUGUCUUUCAUGAAUUAGAGGCCUAUAGAAUACUAUCGCUAAUGUGAUCAUAUCCUUUCUGUUUCUGAUUCCUACCGUAUUCUGUCUUUGCCUCCACCUGGACAUUCUCUCCCCCCAUCAUUUCAUUUGUCAUUGAGCUGCUGAAGUUAUUUGGGUUCGACCUGAAAAUUAUCUAGCCUGAAUUUUAAAAGUCAUGAUUUCUGCAUGCUGUUUCACUGAUCUCGAAGUAACGUGCAUUCCCCAGUUUGUAAAAUGUGACCCUAUGACAGAUUUCAGUUGGUCCCUUGAAACGACUGUGGUUCAAUUGUGUCUGAAUAUCUUAGGAAUUUACAGCAUCUAACAAACCCCUUCAAUAAGCUUUCCCUUAGUCACAAUUCCAAAUGUUGGUACUUUGAUUGCAUUUUGCCUGAUUUGUUUUGCUUUUUCAAUCUUUUAAACUUUGCGGAGCACAACGGUCAGAAUAACUGAUGCGGUAUUAUUUUAUGUUCUAAUUGUUACUGUGGGAGCAAGCCCCCUUUCCCCUUGCCAGGUUUUGUGGAGGUGGGGCUGACUUUCUUCUACCUCCAAUGAGUGAUAUGAUACAUACAGAGGAAACAUGGUGUUUCAUGUGAUUGUAUUGUGGAAUGCAGUUCUGUUCUGAGUUGCCAUACUGUGUAAAUAGAAAAAAAAGUAAAGACAAAAACCGAUGUACAGCCUUGCAAUGCAAGGUGCAAACAAUUCUGUAUAUGGCGUACUUGUGUAAGAGUUUGUAAAUUCAUUAGAAAAGAGGUAGGCAGCAUUUUGAGCUGUUCCUCAUAGUGUAUAUCAUAACUUUAAUCUAAUUCAAAGGAACUGGGGCUAUGAUUUUAGUAUAUUGUAUUUAUUUGGGAGUGAAAAUCCAUUUUAUUAAAUAAUGUGAAACACAGAAAAAAGGUCUAUUAUAAUACUGAUGUGAUCCUGGUAGCCUUGUUAAAUAAACUGAUUUAAUAAAUUGCACUAA